ACCGACCGUGCUUUUUUUUUUAAAAAAAAAAAUCUCUCUUUCUCUCUUAAGAGAAACAAAAAAAGAAAGAAUAUGGCAAGAGUUUCAUCAGUGAUAUGUCUAACGUUACUUGUCACAUUAAGCAUUGUUUAUGAAACACAAGGGACCUUCUCGUUACCCCAUUACUUGAAAAAUUUCCCCAAACAGGGAAAAGACUUUGAGGCUUUCGCAGACAAAGGUAUGUCGGACUUCCUUGGUGACUUGGAGGGUAAGUGUCCUAAAACCGCAGAGUUCAAGGAUUUCUUUGCAAAGUUGAAGGAUUACAUGGCCUCCUUCAAUUCCGGGACAAAAGAUAUCCAGGUCGAGAUGUCUGAAAAAUCUGAAAAGUUGUUCAGGGCUAUGUCUGCUUUCGACACUAGUAAAGGCGGAACAUCGGAGGACUCAUGGAGGUUGGUGGAUGGCUUGUUGUCCAUGGGGAAGGGUAUGAUUGAGAUGAAGAAGAGCGGUUCCCAAGAGAUAACUUUUGAACAAAGAAAAGAACUGAUCGGGUCUAUGGUGAAAUGGAGUAGAGGGAUCGGUCUAUUCGUGAAGACCGCCUCCGGACAAUCUAUUGAUCUGUCAUCUUUUGGGAUUGAUUAUGACAACACUGUAGAAUCUCCUAUUAAAAGAGCUAUGCUUGAAACACAAGGAACAUUCUCUCUACCCCUUUACAUGAAGAAUCUCCCAAAAACGGCCCAAGACUUUGAGCCUUUCGCUUACAAAGGUAUGUCGCACUUCAUGGAUAGCCUAGAGAGUAAGUGUCCUGCCACAACAGAGUUCAAGGAUUUCUUUGUAAAGCUGGAGGACUACAUGGCCUGCUUCAAGUCGGCAUCAUCCGAAUCAAAACAAAACCAGGUGAACAUGUCAGGGAAAUCUCAAAAGCUCUUUAGGGCUAUGUCUUUAUUGGAUGGUACCAAAGGCGGAACAUCAGUGGAUUCGUGGAGAAUGGUCGAUGGUUUGUUGUCAAUGGGAAAAGUUUUGGUUGAGAUGAAGAAGCAUGGUUCCAAGGAGAUAACAUUUGAGCAAAGAAAAGAAUUGUUCGGAUCUAUGGUGAAAUGGGCUAGAUCUAUCGGUCUUUUCGCCAAGAUGGCCUCCGAGAAGAAAGGAAAAUCCAUUGAUCUAUCACCUUUUGGCAUUGAUUAUGACAACCGUGCUGGAAAUGGAAAAGGUAGCAUAAAAAACGGCCCUGUUCAGAUUAACAGCAGCGAGCUCUAAUCAUCCUAUGCAAAAAGGCCCCAAGUAAAGAUAUAACAAGAGUGUAAAAAAUAAAGUAAGACAGCCCUGCUUUAAUUUGUAAAAUAGCAGCGAGCUGUAGAACAUUUUUGGCUAUUAAUUCUAUAUAUAACCACAGUAAUAAUAAUAAUAAUAUAACAACAAUAAUAAAUAUAA